AUGACAAAAGAACUAGAAUCUGGGGGUUCAAGCACGACGCAACUCGAGCAUAUCAAGACUAACAUGUCUUACACAUACGACAACGAAAAGGGUUGGCGUCGCUGGAGGGUACUCCGACCAGGCCGGGGCAUGUAUCACGAUGUCAAGAGAAGGUUACCCUAUUACUUGAGCGACAUUGCAGAUGCCUGGACGUAUCGAACAGUUGCGAGCACCAUCCGGAUGUACUUUGUGAAUUUGCUUCCUGCCAUAGCCUACACCCUGGACAUGUACCGUCGGACCGGCGAGUUCUUCGGUAUCAACGAGGCUCUCUUCUCCUCAGCGCUCGCGGCCGUCGUUUUCAGCAUCUUCAGCGCCCAGCCCCUCACCAUCGUCGGCGUCACGGGUCUGAUCUCGCUCUUCAACUUUACCAUAUACGACAUCAUCAAGAUAUACGAUGUUUCGAUAUACCCGCAGUUCAUGGCUUGGACCGGUAUCUGGGCAGCCAUAUUCCACUGGUUCGUAGCCAUCUUCAACGCCUGCGAUUAUAUGCGGUAUGUCACCGACUUUUCGAGCGAAUCGUUUGGCUUGUAUGUCGGAAUCAUCUACAUUAUCAAAGGAGUCGAAGAACUUGUAAACGAAUUCAACGCUGAGGGCGGCGCUGCCGGAUACUUGGCGUGUAUGAUUGCGAUACUCUACUUCGCAACUGUCUAUGGCCUUGAGAAGCUCGGGUCAAGCACUCUUUGGAAAGCAGGCUUUCGUGGUAUUCUCGCAGACUAUGCCUACGUCUUCGCCACGGUGUUUUGGGUUGGCUUUUCCCACAUACCCGGGACCUUGAAGAAUACACACAUCAUGAGAGUUCCUAUCGAAACUGCCUUCCAUCCCACACAGCCUCGGAACUGGAUCAUCGACUUUUGGAAUCUUGAUGUCAAGUGGGUGUUUGUCGCCAUGCCCUUUGGCUUCCUGGUGAUGCUUCUAUUCUACUACGACCAUAAUGUCAGCAGUAUCACUGCUCAAGCCCGCCAGUUCCCGCUUCAAAAGCCCGGUGGCUUCCACUGGGACUUCUUUCUCCUAGGCUGCACGACCUUCGUUGCCGGCAUCCUAGGCCUCCCGAUGCCCAAUGGAUUGGUCCCACAAGCCCCAGUCCACACUGACUCUUUGACCGUGUACAAGACGAGUCUCAAGAUAAUUCCGACGUCUGAAGGAGAGGACACGGAGAUCCGGCGACCCAUUGUUGAAGCGACCCAUGUCGUUGAACAGCGCAUAUCGCACCUGCUCAUGGGCCUGGCCUUGAUUGGAACCAUGACGGGUCCUCUCCUCGUCGUGCUUCACACAAUGCCUGCUGCUGUAUUUGCCGGCGUUUUCUUCGUUGUCGGGUGGGGUUCCAUCGAAUCGAACGGCAUUCUGGACAAAUUCAUGUUUCUCCAAGCCGAGAAACGCUUCAUUCAACGUGACGAGCCCCUGUUAGAAGUUCGCCGCCGCAAGAUAUGGCUAUACAUUGCGCUUCAGUUCGUGGACGUCGCCGCUUGUGUGGCCAUUUCCCAUACUCUCGGGGCCAUUGGCUUUCCGGUUUUGAUAAUCUUACUUAUUCCCGCGAGGGUUGUUUUUGUUCCGAAGUGGUUCUCACAGAAAGAAUUACAGACUUUGGAUGACUUCACCGCGACGAAUGAAAUCGUUUUGGCAAGCCUCGGUGGCAAGCCAGGUCUUCCUAAGGGGUCUCGGGAGGAAGAGUGGGGUCUGGAGAGAAGGGCCAGUGAAGCUAAGCAUGGCGUGCCGAGACAGAGAGCAGGAAGUCUGCACCGUUAA